CCAACACUACCAUCAGCUGUUCCUUGGCCAUCGCGUUUUUUGGCCUGCACUUUGAACCUUGCGCCUCGUUUCGUGCGAAUAAAGAUACGACUUUGAGUGCGCCUGUCCGCAUACCAGUUCGUCCUCCUCCGCCGUCCAAUAGUCCAUCGCAUUUUCGGUUUAGAAUCCCGCGAAACUCGCUGCCGUGCACAUCGCAUCGCAUUUUCACAGCUGCGCCAGCAUUUUCGUUCGCUCUCCCGUUCAGAGCGCUCCGUUCCGCUCAAUCCGCUCUUUCCGCGCGCUCCUCUACGAUUCCAUUGAUAAGCAGCGCCCCCGCUCCUGCCCCCGCCGUCCCUUUCAGCCUCCCUUUUCCAAAGUGCAAAGCAAAUCAAUCAAUUAAAAUAGUACGCCAAAAUAGUGCAGUGCGUGUGUUAAUUAAUUUAUUUUGCUCCCGCAACGUCUGUGUUUAUUAAUUAGCAGUGCAUAGUUUCCGGCGGAAAAACACUUUUCCGUUAUAUUCGAGCUUCCGUUUGGCGGCCAAUUAGCAGAAAUAAAACAAACCAGGAGAAAAGGGAUAAGCCAACAUGACGCACUGGGAGGACUUCUAUAACACGCACCUGCCGCCCGCGGAUUUCGAGGACAAUCGCUCGCUACUUAAGGAGUUCUGCGAGCGACACAACAAACUCCAGAACCGCAUAGUCCUAGUCACGUCCGGCGGCACCACAGUUCCUCUGGAGCACAAUACGGUGCGGUUUGUGGACAACUUCAGCGCUGGCACGCGGGGCUCCGCUUCAGCGGAAUACUUCCUAGAUCACGACUACGCCGUGAUCUUCAUGCACCGUCACAAGUCGCUGGAGCCUUUUACGCGACACUUCACCGGUCAGCAGUUCUUCGACAUGCUGGACAUCGCGGACAACAGCCAGAGCUCGACGAUAGCCAUCAAGCCGGACUCGGUUGACGUGUUUGCACCGGUGUUGGCCAAGUACAAGAUCGCCCGCGAGACGCAGAUGAUUCUGUACGUGAACUUCACCAGUGUGGUGGACUACAUGUGGCUGCUGCGGGCCGCCUGCGAGUGCCUGGCCGCCUUCGAGGAGCGUGCCGUUCUCUACCUAGCGGCGGCCGUAUCCGAUUUCUACAUACCCGAGGACAUGAUGCCCACCCACAAAAUGCAAUCGGGAGAUGGAGCGCCGACGAUUUCGCUGCAGCUGGUGCCCAAAAUGCGCCCCCUCGCCAGCCUGUGGGUGCCGCACGCCUUUGUGGUGUCCUUUAAGCUGGAAACGGACGAGAGCCUAUUGAUUGUGAAGGCACGUGACAGCCUCAACAAAUACAAGCACAAGCUGGUCAUUGCCAAUGUGCUGCAGACACGCAAGCAUCGCGUGGUGUUCGUCACGCCCACAGAUUCCUACGAGCUGCACUUGAGCCGCGAACAGACGCUGCAGGGACUCGAGAUCGAGGAGCCCAUUGUGGCUGAUGUGGUACUAAAACACGGCGAGUUUAUCAGCAACGCGCAACAGCGGCAAUGACCGUUAUCAAUGCGUCGCCGGCCACAGACGCAGCAACAUCUGCAGCAUCAACACCACCACCAACUGGCCACAGGCGACGAGGAUGACGAUGGAGGGGAUCUGGAUCAGGAUCCGUAUUGCGUGACCACCUCGCAUUAUUGCCGCGUUCUGAACCCGGGCACGCCAAGCUUUGCCCGAAAAUAUUGAGCAGGUUAUAGUCCAUAGUGAAUAGUGGAGGUGCAUGACAGACAUUUGCAUAUUCCUUACCGUUUGAGUUCCCGCCACAAUUUGUUGUAUCUAUUUAUGGUCGCGCCUCAUAAUUAAGGUGGCUUACUUCCAUUGCCACCAUUAGUCCUUUUUCUUUCUGUUGUUUUCAUAUUAGUUAAUGUAUUUCGUUUAUUGUUGCCAUGAGAAAUGAUGUCACUUGUAUGUAUUCGCCAUCCCCCAGGUUCCUUUUCUUGUCUUCUAUUGUUUGCUGGCACGUUUAUGUCAUCGAGUAUACGCAGCGUGUUGCGCAGACAUCAAUAAGCGAUUUUGAUUUAUGUUUGUGGCAGGGCUUAUGAUGCUUAUAUAUUUAAUGAAGCAUCGAUCGCACGCUGUCGAAAUUAAAUCCCCAAGCAAACGUGUUUAAAAUCCGAAAAUCUAAAUAACGAAAAACCUGCAUGUAAUCGCAAUUUGCCGGACGAAGCGUCCCUGGACAACUGUUGUUGUCAGUGGCAGGCGACGCGACAAUUGAUUUGCUGUUUUGCAUAUGUAUGUAUAUACGUAUAUAUAUGCACGUAUACGUUGGGUGGAAAAAAGGAAAAGGUUUGCCUCUCUAAUGUCCUUGUCGGUUCAAAUUUAUGGCGGCUCAAGCCUUGGCGCCUGUCUAUCCGAAGCAGGUCAAGUGCCACCGAGCAAAGGUCAGCUUAAAGCACCUCAAAUUGAGUUUCAAAGCGGUGUAGCAAAACCUAAUUAACAUCCCACUCACACACUCUGAGUUAUUUCUUGGGCAGGCUGAGAUAGGCAGGGGUUCCGUAUCCGAAUCCUCAGGGUCUUUUUCGGAUUGCCGCCUUUUUCCACAUUUUUAUUGCAUGUUAUGUCGCUGCCACGCCUCUCGGUCCUAAGCCGCCCGUUUAAACGGGGGCUGCGGUGAGGUGGUUUUUGUAUCCUCCUUUCAUGGAGUUGUAACCACUUCCGUCCCGCCCGCAUUUGUGGUUUUAUUUUGCAGCCCAGAACUAUGCAGUGUUUUUGUGGCCUGCUGUUUUGUUUUCGUUCGUUUGUGAACCGGGAAAAAAUUCACAUUUUUUCUGACGGCGGCUUCUGUAUUUGGGGAAGUUGGAUGGGGCCCUUUUGUUUGUGCCUGCAUCAAAUUAAAUUUUAUUGCGCUCGCACGCACCGCAAACACUGGCCUGGGAACAGAUACGAACACGGAAAACAAUCACACAUGUGGCUUAGGAUAUAAGCCUGGCUCCGUUUUUCUUCCCUUUUUGUUUUCACUUUCUUGUUUCUCGGUUUUUAUGGCCUCACCAACGUGCACCCACAUAUCAAGACUCCCACAUGUGUACUUCUUUCGCCUGCCACUGCGUAUCGAUUGUGCAUUAAAGUAUAAACAUAAAAAUUCAGUUUGCCAACAUGAGUUGCGUACAAUAAAAUAUGUAUAACUAGCCAAGUGUGCGAGCAAGAUGGGAAUGUUUGGGACGCCAAGAGCGAAUAGUAUUUGCCUUAAUUGGCAUACAGUGUUUUUUUUCUUAAAGCUUACUAAAAGGAUACUAAAGCAUGCCAACCAUUAAUUAACAACUCAAAUAUCCGAUAAGUUUCCAACUCAUAAAUGUGAAUCCAACGAAGUCCUUUUCAUAUCCAUAAUUUAGGACUGAAUUGUUAUUGAUUUUAUAAACAGACUUCCAAAUCAAUUUCCUAGUUGAAUUCUAGAUUCAAUUCAUUAAUCCAAACUAAAUGCAUAUGUAAAAGAAAUUCAAUACAAAAUGAAAUCAAAAAGUCAACUUCUUUUCAAGUCAUAUAUAUAAAAACUGUUCGUAACUAUUAUAUAUCCAAGAGCGGAAUAAAACCAAGUGAACCAAUUUGUUAAAGUUUCAAUAUCCAAUUUGGACCAACCCAUACGAAAAAAAUGAACAACAAAACAAGCUAUGAUAAAAGAAAUAUAUAUAUCUCGAUGUAUACCUUAAAAAUAAAAGAGAAACCAAGGAAUUUCCAUUGAAUAUUUACUCUCUACAAGCAUUUUGCCCUUUAAGCUAGAUAACUAUUUUAUUGUUGAAAUUGGUAAAACAAAAACACCCAAAUCCAAUUGUACGCAAUGCAGUUAUGGUCACUGCACCUGCCCUUUUUCUUACCGGAAUCCAUGAGCUGUUUAACUGUAAAACUGUUGUAAAAUGUUUACCACGAAUGUACCAUAUACCGUAUUGAGUGUACUAAUGUCUAGUAUCCGUAUACUUAUACAUCUACAAAGAUACAAAAAUAUAUAUAUGAGUGUGUAUUUAACUGGAAAUGAAAUAGCUUUAAAUGUAUAGACAAA